CCGCGACUCAAUGGGGGCAACGUUGUCCACCGGCGGGGCGAUGACGGUCACGCAGCGCCAGGACUCGCGGUUGCGACUACGUGAGCGUGCAAACUCGCUGCUACAUCUCUGGGUGCGCUUCUGGAUCUUCGCCACGGGGUUGGAGAAGCACGAGGAGCUCGCAUGGCGUAUCGUGCAGCAACUUAAGCACCACGUUUACCGAACCGCCAACGAGAAGCACGCGUUCUUCCACAAUUUGACCAUGACACUUGUGGAGCUUUGGCUGAGAACACUGCGGGCUGUGUUGGUACCCGAUGUCUUUGCUCGCUAUCUGUGUGCAACUUUCAUGCUGCACAUAAUCUACGAACUGCAGUCUAUUGCUCGCCAAGUGCUGGGCAAAACGUGCCUCCGCCUUACAGCCAACGGACGACGCACAUUGAGACUCCGACAACAGUUGGCGAACGUCAAGACCUUCCAGGAGCGACAGUCAAUCGCUGGAGAAUUGGACAAACUCGAAGGCAAAGACAAGUGGCGUGAAGACCCAGCGUCCGGUCUCUUCCUGUACGAGCGAGUGAUGAACAAGACGCAGAUGUAUAAGAGACUCAAGCUCGAAAACGACGUCAUGGGGAUCAUGUUCUCGCUAAGAGCGGGGCUACUGAGGAAGCACUGGGGACUCGGAAACCCGAGACUUUACUCCGCCAGCAAUGUGGGAACGAAGCACGUGAUCGAGGAGUAUCUGGACACAAUUGUACAGUCAAUGAACGUCGUGCUGCGUGCAAAAGGAACAGACGAAGAGGACAACGACGAGCUUUCUAUUGAUAACAAGCUGGCGUUCUUCAGUGAAACUCGCCACGCCUUUGGACGCUCUGCCUUGAUGCUGUCAGGUGGCGGAGCUCAUGGAUUCUACCACGCGGGCGUGAUCAAGGCUCUGGUGGAGAACAAUCUACUGCCUAACGUCGUUGCCGGCUCCUCGGCUGGAUCAAUCUUGGCAGGAGCGAUCGCUGUUCGCCAUGACGACGAGGUGCUGGAGUUUUUGUCGGGAGAAAACGUCAACCUGAACUUCCUCGGACCGAACAUUACGGAGCAGGAUCGAGUAACUUACACGCCGUCGUUCUUGUCUCCAGCACAUCUGCUGCUUCCAAAAGGUGGCUUCGAGUUCGUGCGAGACGCGUUUAUCCUGCUUAACCGGUUUCUAGACAAGCGUUAUGUACUGGACACCAAGACUCUCCGUGACUGCUUACGUAGUGUCAUGGGGGACUACACCUUUCGAGAAGCUUACGACAGAACAGGUCGAAUCAUCAACGUCACGGUCACACCAAUGAGUACUGAUGAUUAUCCUCAGUUGCUCAACUAUCUCACAGCUCCGAACGUGAUCAUCUGGUCGGCAUCUCUGGCAUCUUGUGCGAUCCCAAACGUGUUCCGUCCUGUGGAGCUGCUGGCCAAAGAUGAGAAUGGAAACAUCGUUCCUUACUAUCGCGAAGGACUGAAAUGGAGUGACGGUAGUGUGGAGUGUGACCUCCCCAUGGCACGACUUUCAGAGCUAUUCAACGUAAACCACUUCAUCGUGAGUCAAGUCAACAUCCACUACAAGAUCGUCUCGGGCCACUCCGCGUUCGGCAAUGGACAAACGGGUAGUCUCAUGAGCUUCUUCAAAAAGCAAAUGAAAGCCUACAUUAAAAACAUCGCCGAGUUCGGAUUAAACACUUCAGUGCUCAAGUUCCUCGACAUCGGGAUCGUUCCUCUCAUCACACAGAAGUACGAAGGUGACAUUACCAUCUGUCCCACCGAUAAAGUCCCUGCUGCGACGUUGCUGCGAACAGUGCUCACCAAUCCUACACAAGAAACGUAUCCUGAUCUUCUACUGGCCGGUGAACGAGCUUGUUGGCCAGCAAUCGCUCGGAUUCGCACCAUGUGUCGCGUUGAGUUCGCGUUAGAACGUGCAGUACGGUACUUGCGUGGUGAACAAGCUCUGGAGGACGAACGACGGAGUGGACGCAAGGCAAUUGGUCGUGUACCGUCGUUCUACACUUCUCCCAGCUCCAUGAACCUGUCCAACCUGGAUCAAUCUCCUCCCACCCCACGAGACUAUGUGUCACCGCCAGCCAGCAAGGGAAAACGCACUCGACACGGCAGUCUCGAGGAAAUGGGCAGCCCCGUAGCCAACCCCAUGCGCCGGAACAGAUCCAUGAACAUCGCUGGCGCUGUCAUCUCGAUAGAUGGAGGUGCCAAUGCCUCCGACUUCAGCCACUUUGAUCUGUAA